AUGUUUGAAGCUAUGAAUAUCACCAAAGAUUCUCAGCAGAAAGCCAUGUUGUUGCAUUACGUCGGAGAAGAAACCUCUGACAUUCUCGAAAUGCUCAAUGUACCCGAGCCAACCGAAGGAAGUGAUGUCUUCAAGAUUUGUGUCAAAGCCCUUGCAGAAUAUUUUGAGCCACAGAAAUGCAUUGAUCACCACCGUUUAUGUAUUUCGACAACAAACAUAGAAGUCAGGUGAGAACAUUACUGAAUUUUAUACUCGUUUACAAUUGCUUGCAUGAAAGUGUGAAUUUUCCAAUUCUGAUUUGGAAAUAAAACGUCAAAUUAUUCAAGGCACUUCAUCACUUAGACUGAGACAAAAAUCAAUUGAACAAAGUCUUACCCUAGAAAAUGUGCUCAAAACUACACAAGCCAUGGAGACUGCUAAUGAGCACACUAGUGAAAUGGAAAAACUGCAAUCAAAUGCAGUAGGUAAAUAUAAUCCUACUAAGUUUACUAAAUCUAAGAAAGAUCCUAACCAAAGGAGAGUGCCUCACAAGACGAAGUGUGGAUUGUGUGGUGGUAAUUAUCCACAUCGGGGUAAAUGCCCUGCCCAAGGGAAAAGUUGUCACAAGUGUGGAAAAUUGAAUCAUUUCUCUAAGGUUUGUCGUAGUAAAUCAAUUUAAACCACCAGUGGGUAAAGAGCAUGCUAAAACUGUAACAGCAGAAAACCAUUCUAGUGAAGUAAGUCGUAUUGAGAAAUCUGACAGUGAUAAUAGCGAAGAAUAUACAUUUACCACUGGUGCACAGGUAAACCAACUUAGUAAACCUAUCUUUGAAGUAAAAAUUGGGAACACUCCAAUUAGAAUAAUGGCAGAUUCAGGAGCAACAGUAAAUAUACUGAGUGAACAAGAUUUCAAUUGUCUUGUACCAAAACCCCAAAUAUCGGAAAUCAAAACCAAAAACUAAAUCUAAUCAAAGCAGUCAGUGUUAUUAUUAAUCAACCAGAUCCAAGUUUACCACCCAAUGCACCUGAAUUUGUUAGGGAUUUUCCCAACCUUACCAGUGGGAUUGGUCAUUACAAAGGGGAACCAGUACGUAUACAUGUAAAUGAAACUGUUAAACCAAUAGCAUUACCACAUCGCCGUAUUCCAUUUCAUGUCAGAAAACAAGUGGAGAAGAAGCUAGAGCAACUCGAAGAUGAAGGCUAAGUAGAACGUGCCGAAGGCCCCACUCCUUGGGUUUCACAGAUAGUAGUUGUACCAAAGCCUCAUAAACCCAAUGAGAUACGUAUUUGUGUUGAUAUGCGAGCACUAAAUAAAGCUAUUAUCCAAGAGCGACAUAUCAUCCCCACCAUUGAUGAUGUAGUACAUGAUCUUAAGGUUUUCAGCAAAAUUGAUUUAAAUCAAGGCUACCAUAUCAGAUUCCACUUCAUCCUGAUUCUAAACCACUAACAACCUUCUCGACCCACAUAGGAUUGUUUAGAUAUAAACGCCUUAAUUUUGGACUUUCUUGUGCAGCUGAAAUAUUUCAGAAGAAAGUUAGUGAUGCAAUUCGUGGUAUAUCGUGUGUGAAUGAUAUCCGGGAUGAUAUUUAUAUUGGUGGCAUCGACAAUGACGACCAUGAUCUUCAGGGCAAUGGGUUGACCAUUAAUCUUCCAAAAUGUCAGUUUCAAUGUCGUUUUACAGUAGAAUAUCGUCCUGGUAUUUCCAAUCCAGCUGACUAUUCCUCAAGACACCCAAUGGGAGAUCCGGAAUCUCAGAAGUAUGAAGACGAAGCUGAAGAACACAUUGCUUUUGUUGCAAAGAAUGCUGUGCCGAAAGCUGUCACAUUAUCCGAGAUAGAGUCAGUAGUUGCAAAUGAUCCUACCCUUCAAGUUGUUAUGUCUGCAGUUAUGUCUGGUUGCUGGCAUAAAGCUCCACCCAAUGUAUCACUGUCAGAAUUAUCCCGUUAUGAGAAAGUUAAAGAACAGUUGACUUGUACCGAAUCUUUGCUCCUAAAGGCAGAUCGUAUCAUUGUACCUGCAUCGUUACAAGAAUGA